UAGUGCCCCUGGACUUGUAUGCCUUGUUGAAAAAGUGAACCUUCACUUAUCAUGCUUAAUUGUUCCUAAACGGAUGUUGCUUCUGUUCAAUUCGCUUGUGCUUAUUAUUGCUUUUUUCUAGCUUAACCCCGCUCACACUGUUCCCACUAUGGUCGAUGGCAACAUCAUCCUGUAUGAAAGCCGUGCCAUCGUUACGUACUUGGUCGACAAGUACGCUGCCGGGAGCUCCUUGUACCCUCGGGACAUCGAGAAGCGCGCAAUGAUCGACAAUCUCCUGAUGUUCGAUAUCGGCACCCUCUACAAGACAAUGUCUGCCUACCUCGUGAGCAUUCGAAGUCCCAUGACCCAUUUCCCUUGCGUUGUUCUGGGCUUAAUCUGA